AUCUCGCCUCUCUUGCUUUCAGCAGCCACCAUGAGUAACAUGACUGUCCUCGACACUGCCAAAAUGUUUGACCUCAACAUGAACUCCUCAGCCUCCGUCCACCCCAUCAGCUUCCAGGUUUCUCUGACAGGUUUCCUGUUGCUGGAGAUAGUUUUGGGCCUGAGCUCCAACCUUACUGUGCUGGUCCUCUACUGCAUGAAACAGAAUCUCGUCAGCUCUGUCUCCAAUGUAGUUACCAUGAACCUGCACGUGUUGGAUGUGCUGGUGUGUGUAUCCUGCAUCCCAUUGACGGCAGUGAUGGUGCUGCUUCCCCAGGAAGCAGACACAGCCAUGGUUGACUGUUUCCAUGAGGCCUGUAUCUCCUUCGCUAGUGUAGCUACUGCUGCUAAUGUGCUAGCCAUCACCUUGGACCGCUAUGACAUCUCUGUGCGUCCAGCCAACCGUGUGCUGACUAUGGGCCGCGCUAUAGCUCUGCUGGGGUUCAUUUGGGCACUGUCCUUCCUCAGUUUCCUUGUCCCUUUCAUGGAAGUGGGCUUCUUCAGCCAUUCUGGCUCAGACUCCGGGAACCAGACAACAGUGAAUCACACCAAAGAGUAUUACACUAAGCUGGACCUGUACUAUCACCUGCUAGCACAGAUCCCAAUAUUUUUUUUUACAGCCGUGGUAAUGCUAGUGACUUACUACAAGAUCCUGCAGGCACUUAACAUCCGCAUCGGAACACGUUUCCAGCACAACCACCCAAAGAAGAAGCCACGGAGUAAGAAGAACAUCUCCUUGAUGAGCACUACACAGGCAGAGUCCACAGAUGUUUCACAGAGCAGCACGGGAGUCCGGGGAGGCGGGACCGCACCUCUGGGCAUGCGGACAUCAGUGUCUGUCAUCAUUGCUCUGAGAAGAGCAGUAAAGCGUCACAGAGAGAGAAGGGAGAGGCAGAAGAGAGUCUUCAGGAUGUCUCUUCUUAUCAUCUCCACAUUCCUCCUCUGCUGGACACCCAUAACUGUGCUCAACACUGUCAUCCUCAGCACUGGGCCAAGUGAUUUUACAGACCAGCUUCGCCUGGGCUUCCUGGUGAUGGCUUAUGGGACAACCAUCUUCCACCCACUCCUCUAUGCCUUCACCCGACAGAAGUUUCAGAAGGUUCUGAAGAGCAAGAUGAAAAAGAGGGUGGUGUCGGUGGUCGAAGCUGACCCAACACCAAACAACGUGGUCAUCCACAAUUCAUGGAUCGACCCCAAGAGAAACAAGAAAGUCACCUUUGAGGACACGGAGGCCAAACAAAAAUGUCUCUCCUCAGAAGAUGUGGGAUAA